AUGAAUGACUACUCUGUGUUCACUAGAGGUUUAGGGUCUGCCACUGUUAUAUUAGCUGUGUAUGUGGAUGAUAUCAUCCUUACUGGGACUGAUUUAGAAGAGAUCACUGCCCUCAAGUCUUUUCUUCAUGAUGCUUUCAAAAUAAAGGAUUUGGGACUGUUGCAUUAUUUUUUGGGGAUUGAGGUUCUCUAUUCUGAUCAUGGUGUAUUACUCCAUCAAAGGAAGUUCAUUCAUGACUUGUUGAGGGAUUUCAAUUGUUCUGACUAUAGUUCAGUGGUCUCUCCUUUAGAACUUUAUGAAAAUUUAAGGUGUUGUACUAGUGAUCUUUUGCCCAAACCUGAGGAGUAUUGGCAAUUGCUUAGCCAAUUCAUGCAGCAACCUUGUUUACCCCAUGUGAAGGUUGCUUUGCACUUGUUAAGGAAUUUGAAAGGCACUUCCACUUUUGGUUUGUUCAUCAGUUCUUCUCCUAAUCUUUAUUUGUCUGCAUAUUGUGAUAGUUAUUGGGGGGCUUGUCCUGACAGUCGUAGGUCAGUUUCUUAUUUUUCCAUCUUCUUAAGUGAUAGCCUUAUUAGGUGGAAAACCAAGAAGCAACCAGUUGAAUCCUUAUCCUCAAAUGAGGCUGAAUACAGAUCUAUGAGCAAAGCAGUAGCCGAAAUUACUUGGGUGGUUCAUUUGUUGGAUGAUUUUGGGGUUUCCACUGCUUCUCCUGUCCCUUUGUUUUGUGACAAUCAAGCUUCUCUCCACAUUGCAAAAAAUCUUGUUUUCCAUGAGCACACGAAGCAUAUUGAAUUGGAUUGUCACUUUGUUCGUGCCAAGUUAGCUGAGGGUCUCAUCGGUCUUUCACAUACUUCGAGUGCUACUCAACUUGAUGAUCUCGUUACCAAGGUUCUGUCUGGUGCUGAUCAUCACCUUCAUCUUCGCAAGUUGGGUGUUAGAGGAGAGAGAGAUUAUAUUUCACUUGUUGAUGAUGUUACAAAUGAGAAGGCAAUGGUCCCUACUUAUAGAAGAAUUUUCCCCUCAAUCUACAAUAUUCAACUUGUGCAAAUUGAUUUACAAUUUGCUACAACUAAGCUGCAGCUAGCAAGUGCAAAUUGUAUUUCUCACUUUAUGAACAAGUGGUACAAGUUGUGCAAAUUGAUUUACAAUUUGCUACAACUAAGCUGCAGCUAG